CAGCCAGCAUCCUUCCUCACUCUGCCUCCGACUGGCACGUCCGAUAAUUAGCGCAGACGGCAUGCAGGCAGCCUCAGUACCCUGAUGUGUUGUCGUCAUCUAGGCUGCUACACUCUGAUUUAGGAAUAACUUGAUAGCUGAAUGUCAUUCAUUGAGUUCCCGGACAUGUAGGCCUACCGUAAUAUGACCGUCGCGCCGAAGCGGUACGAACUGUUGCAACCGGGAGCAGGAAGCAGCAGCACAUUUCAAGUGUCAAGUAAGAUAGAACUGUCCCUGUUCUGCUGCAGAUGCGCCGUCACUGCUUUCGGGAAACCUGCUUCCGUUUGAGUUUAUAAAGUACAUGUUUUGUAAUCAUCAUAGCUUGUAUAUUUUUGUUUCUUUGUCCAACGCGUUUUUCUCGUAGCCCAGACUAGUGCGCGUCUGUCGCAUCUGUUCCUAAAUACCUUCAUAAUGGAUAGGUUUCAUUCAUCCAUGCGCAAGAGGUUGUACAGCUUGCCGCAAAACAUUGGUCAAAAAGGCUCUGUAUCUGACGACGGAGGAGAACACGGUGAUGGCGACAAGGACACCAAGAAGAAAAGUACCGGUAUCAGGCUGAAGUCUCUCCCUCCUCCUGGACCUUCGUCCCCCACCAGCAGCUGGAAGAGCAACGGGGACCGGGACCCCAAGAGCGGAACCGCCGGAGACUUGGAGACGGUCGUUGCCAUCAAGACCAACUUGAAUGGGGACUGUCGUCUGGUCAGAGGUCGCCUUUCUUCCAUCGCUGGUCGACACACUCUUGGGUCAGAUCCAGCUGAGCAGCGGAGGCUGAUCUCCGAGGCAGACGCCGGUGCUAACGAAGAGAGUUACCCCGGAGAGGGCGAGCUGGGAGUGCAAGGUGCCGGCGGUCGCAGUGCUGGUGCACAUCGCCGAUCGUCCGUCUUCGAUCAGUCCACUUUCAUCAAGUUAGAAGGAACCGAACCGAUCAUGCCAGACGAAGCAGAGCAGUUGUACCGGGCUGGCUUCAUCCACCGGCAGUUCGGGGCGAUGCUUCAACCAGGAGUCAACAAGUUCUCUCUGAGAAUGUUGGGGAGCGAGAGGGCCGUGGAACACGAAAGAGAACGAGUCAAGUCUGCAGGAUUUUGGAUCAUUCACCCAUACAGUGAUUUUAGGUUCUACUGGGAUUUGAUAAUGCUGUUCCUCAUGGUGGGGAACCUCAUCAUCAUCCCUGUGGGCAUCACCUUCUUCAAGGACGAGCACACUCCCCCCUGGAUCGUCUUCAACGUCAUCUCAGACACCUUGUUCCUCAUCGACCUGGUCCUCAACUUCCGGACGGGCAUCGUCAAGGAGGACAACACAGAGAUCAUCCUGGACCCACAGACCAUCAAGAUCAAGUAUCUGAAGAGCUGGUUCAUGGUGGACUUCAUCUCCUCCAUACCAGUAGAUUACAUCUUCCUCAUCGUGGAGACCAGGAUCGACUCAGACUUCUACAAGACGGCCCGGGCGCUGAGGAUCGUGCGGUUUACGAAGAUCUUGAGUUUGUUGAGGCUCCUGAGGCUGUCCAGACUCAUUAGAUAUAUACACCAGUGGGAGGAGGUUUUCCAUAUGACCUAUGACCUGGCCAGUGCCAUGGUGAGGAUUGUGAACCUGAUUGCUAUGAUGCUGCUGUUGUGUCACUGGGAUGGGUGUCUGCAAUUCCUGGUUCCCAUGCUGCAGGAGUUCCCCUCUGACUGCUGGGUCACCAGAAACAAGAUGGUGAAUGACACGUGGGGCCAGCAGUAUUCCUAUGCCCUGUUUAAGGCUAUGAGUCACAUGCUGUGUAUCGGGUACGGUAUGUACCCUCCUGUGGGCCUGGUAGAUGUUUGGCUCACCAUCCUCAGUAUGAUUGUGGGCGCCACCUGCUAUGCCAUGUUCGUAGGCCAUGCUACCGCUCUGAUCCAGUCACUGGACUCCUCCCGACGGCAGUACCAGGAGAAGUAUAAACAGGUGGAGCAGUACAUGUCCUUCCACAAGCUUCCUGCCGGCAUGCGGCAGAGGGUCCAUGACUACUACGAACAUCGCUUCCAGGGCAAGAUGUUUGACGAGGAGAGCAUUAUGGGGGAGCUGAACGAACCGCUCAGAGAGGAGAUCGUCAACUUCAACUGUCGUAAGCUGGUGGCUUCAAUGCCUCUGUUCGCCAACGCCGACCCCAACUUUGUGACGUCAACGUUGACCAAGCUGCGCUUUGAGGUGUUCCAGCCCAUGGAUAACGUGGUUAUGGAAGGGACCGUCGGCAGAAAGAUGUACUUCAUCCAACACGGGGUGGUCCGCGUCAUCGCCAAGGGCAACAAAGAGACCAAGCUGUCUGACGGGUCCUAUUUUGGAGAGAUCUGCCUGCUGACUCGAGGCAGAAGAACGGCCAGUGUUCGCGCUGAGACGUACUGCCGUCUGUACUCUCUGUCUGUGGAUAACUUUAACGAGGUCCUGGAGGAGUACCCCAUGAUGAGACGGGCCUUCGAGACCGUCGCUCUGGACCGGCUGGACCGCAUAGGAAAGAGGAACUCUGUGCUCCAACACAAAGUCACCCAGAACUCAGGAGCUGUGAACCUCCUGGAGAACGCGAUCAUCCAGACGAUCGUACAGCAAGACCGGGACAUGGCCAUCCAGAGCAACAUCUCUCCCCUGUCCCUGGAUCCCGACGCCCCAUCCCUCACCUCCACCCCGGGGGUCAUCUGGGCUCCCCUGGUCCAGGGCCCCCUCCAGGCCGCUGCAGCCACCACCUCCCUGGCUCUGGCCUUCUCCCACUCCCAGCUCCACGCCCAGCUCCCUCCGAUCCUCUUUCACCGUCCGCUCUCUGUCUCCGAGUCGUUCAAGGAUCCUAGAGGCCACCGUCUGCAGAGGGGCAUGUUUGUGGGCGUGUCCAGUGGCGGUGGCUCCAGGGCUGCAUCUCCAGGCGGUUCUGUGAAGUUCUGUUCUGGAGUGGACACUCCGAUAUUAGUCUCGCUCCGGGCGCAGCAUUUAGUCUCCACAGCCUCCUCCAUUUAUCCUCUGUCACCUAUGACCUCCAUGUACCAGCCCACCUCCUCCAUCGCCUCCACCGACUUCCAGGCUCAGCCCAGCAGAGCCUCUUCCCUCCCCCUGGGCCAGGCCUCCAUCCGGGAGUAUCCACCCUCCUCCUCCUCCUCGUCCACCUCCUCCUGCAUGGCCCAGCUCCAGCACCACAACCCCAACGGCCCACCAGGGACCCACCAGCAGGAGGCAUCAGGGAGGCCCACCAUGGCCACGCCGAGAUUCCCAGCCCACUCAGCCCCCUCUGGUUCCACCUUAAGCCCUCUCAUCUGUAGCUCUGUCAGCCCCAUCCUGAGCCAGCUACAGAACUCUCACCCUCACACUACCAGCGCUCAGCAGCAUGUCAAAAUGGGACCUGGUCAUCAGGAGAGAGCAGGUCACCUCCUCCUCCCCCACUGCCCCUACACGACCACAAGCCCUAGCAACCCCACCCAGCACCACAGCUCCAGUGGGUUUCUAUCUACAUCUAUCCCAGAACAGGCCAGCGUUGGAGGUGUUGGAGUCCCAUCCUCCCUGGUGCAUCACAGUCUGGCAGGCCUCCACCCCAGCCUCCUCCCACAGGUUGUCCCAGAGCACUCUGCCCAUUCUUCCCACUUUGCCCUGGCCUCGCUGGCUCAGUACGGGUCAGGGGACGGCUCCCCGGCCUGUACCCCACCGGUAACACCCAGCCCCACCAUCCAGAGCCCGCUGACAGGCAGGACGGUGCUUCAGCACCACAGCCAGCUCCACAGCCAGCUCCACAGCCAGCUCCACAGCCAACCCUCCAGCGCCAAUGGUUCUCACAGCUACCUCACCCCACAGACAUCAUGUCCUCCCCAGGUAGAUGGGAGAGGGCAGAGGGCAGAGUCCCUGGUGGAUCUCUUCACACAGGAUGUCAGGACUAUCUCCACUGUUUCCACCUCGGGCUCACACGGCUAUCUACCCCAGGAAGGGGCUCUCUCCAUACCGUCUUUUUCCAUACCUUCAGGGGGGCUUGGUUCCUCUCUUCCCAUGGUGGGUGGUAGCAGUAAUAAAUGGUACAGCCCCAUCCCAGGGCACGCCACUCCUCUGAGUCACUACACUCCCACGGGAUCUGAACCUCCAACUGCCGUGAGCCAAGAAGCACCGAAGUCUUGGCAUCCCAACCCCAGUCGUCCUGUUCCGUCCGAGGCAGAGUACACAGUCUCCAAUCUCCCUUCCAACUUAUGAGGUUUUAAAACACCUUCCUGCGAUGCCUGAACUAUGGGGAAAUUGUCUUCGCUAUUGGCAUUGUGUUUUUUUAAUCGCUAGUGUAGGUUUUAUAUUAUUCAAGGAGGGAGUGCGUAUCUAUAUUGCAGGAAAAAGGAUAAAGAUGUAUUUUUAAUGCAGUGUGAAUGAACAGAGUGACUUCCCAGCGGGCGAAACCAGUUCUGGUUGUAAACGAUUGGUAAUGAUGUCAUUUCAACCAGUUUUGCCCGCUGGAUUAAGUAUUUUUCUACAGUACAGUGCUACUACUGUACUAUGUUGAAUGUGGAGGUACUGUACCAGUAUGGAUUGUUGGAUAAUAUUAAACCACAAGAAAGUAUAUUGACCAAUUUCCGAUCACAUAAAAUAUAUAUUCUAGCCUAUAUCCUCACGUUGUAAUUUGUGUUAAAGUAUUUGUUAAACAUGCAUAUUUAUCUAACCUUUGACCCUAUAGAGAUUAUAACACCAAAAAUAUUGACAUUUUUUUAUAUUAUUAUAUUUUCUUAGUGUAUUGUGGUUCCUGCUUCACUUCCAGUUGUGGAAGUGUGGAGAACGUGAGGCCACCCAAAGUAAAGAACAAUGACUGAACUGCACUUUUGUCAUUUCAGAGAUUAACUGAAAAAUGAUGAUGGUAUGUCUUCCAAUAUUUUGUUUCAGACGGAUCCUUGUGUAUGUUUUCUAAGAAUAUAUGUGUACAUUCUGUAUACAUUUUUAACUAGCCUAGAUAUCUAACAUAAUAUCUCAUCAAAAGACAUGAAUAUAUGUUUUUGACAAGUGACUGUGGAUUUUAAAGUAAACCGUUUGGAAAUUAAUCAUUGGGGUUUGGAUGAAAGAAAUACAGUAAUCCUUGUGAGAAUACAGUAAAUCUUGUGAGAAUACAGUAAAUCUUGUGAAUACAGUAAGCCUUGUGAGAAUACAGUAAAUAUUGUGAGAAUACAGCAAGCCUUGUGAGAAUACAGUGAGGAAAAAAGUUGCAUUUAAAAAAUAAGUAAUUCAGCUUUGGCCUGUCUGUCUGUCAUAUUUCCUGCAAGGCACCUCCUCUGCUGACACUACACACACACACACACACACACACACACACACACACACACAGAGACAGACAGACAGACAGACAGACAGACAGACAGACAGACAGACAGACAGACAGACAGACAGACAGACAGACAGACAGACAGACAGACAGACAGACAGACAGACAGACAGACAGACAGACAGACAGACAGACAGACAGACAGACAGACAGACAAUUGAACAACUUCUGCCAUUGUAGCCACAGAAUGAUAACCUUGUUUCCCCUAUGGGAUGAUAAAGGUACAGAGAUUAUACAGAGGUACAUCUGAGGUCUGUGUGUGGACUGGUUGGAAUGACUCGACGCAGUAAUCUUUGUCUUUGUGUGGGUAUACAGACACUACAGUCAGAGGAACAGUGAAUUGAAUUACAGCUCUUUGUCCAUAACAACAGUGGACAGAUGGGCAACAGAGACGUUCGCUAGACUUAAACACAAGAUAAACAGGAGAUAGAGGUGUGUUCAAAAGGCACCAAACAGAAGAGAACCGACUGAAACAGGGAGGGACUAUCUGGACUUGUCCAAUAAGAAAGGCUCAUUUUUGUUUUCUGUUGCAAAAAUGCUUUUAAAAUGUUCUAUUGUGUGACCUAAUGAACAAGACUCAGGUUUGGAUACACAAGGGACUCUAUUCAGUCUGGUUCGCUGAUAGAAAUGUAAUUUUUAAAUUCCGAUUGCGUCGAUAUAUGCAGCGUUUACCUUGAAUGCGGGAACAUGGCCUCUAAAAUUCAAUCGCAGCUGUAAACGCUGAAUUUUCCGCGAUACGGAAUUGAAUAGAGCCCAAGGUCUGUGAAUAGUGUCACCACCGGACAGUUAAAUGUCUGAGAGACAACGAUGCACUGAGUUUGACCUGACGAUUAUGUUUUUAUUGCACCAAUCAAAAGGGUCAGAAGUUAUUACUUUGAAAACAGAGAUAAUCAACUCCUGGGUGUAAUUUUUCUGUAUAUUUUCCUUUUUGUUUUUCGUUGUUUUAUGAUUUAAGAUUAUCUAGUCAUUAUUAUUAUAUUAUAUUUUAACACCUGUUGACAAACUGCUGCUACAUAUUGUCAUGUAUUUCCAUACAAGGUUUAAUAUCCCCUUAUCCAGUUAUAGAAAUGAUUGUUCUGGUCUUCUUGACGACGUUCUCUAAAUCAUGUUGUCCACAGACAUAGGAAUGAGACGUCUGUUGAAUUGAUCAUGAAUGAUCAAUGAUUAACUCUUAUUUUGAAAAGGUUACUUUUAUUCUAAAAAGGUCAACAAACCCAGGCCUCUAGAUUUCACCCAGUAUCUCCAUAUCGAUUCAUCCUGUUAUUUGUGUAUAUAAUUACAUAUGUUUAUGUUUGACUAUUUUAUUUAUCUGACCUCUGACCUGUUUGUCUGACCUGUUAUCUGAUCUCUGACCUGGGCGAAUAUUAAACAGAUCACAAGGUCAUGCCCUUGAGAAUCCAAUCCAAACACCUCAGUUGCCUGGUUACUGGGGGUCCCUGGGGGUCCCUGGGAGCCUGAGCUGGCAGGUGGGGGCAGGUGUACACACACAGUCCUGUAGUGACUCUCUGACUGACCCUAUAGGCAGGGAUAUAAAUAACAUCAGUCACUACUCAGUCACUGGACCUGAUACUGGUGGUGGAUCAACCUUCCAUUACUAUCCCUCUCCACUCCUUACCUCCGUCCUACCCCUCUCCACUCCUCUCCUCCGUUCUACCCCUCUCCACUCCUUUCCUCCGUCCUACCCCUCUCCACUCCUCUCCUCUGUUCUACCCCUCU